AUGGGAGUUGGAGUUGGAGUUGGAGUUGUACAGACACAACAGGCACACAGUCUGUCAACAUCAUCAUCAAAUGACUCUUCUUCAACCUCAACCCCAGAGUCAAAUGAAAAAGAAGAAUUGGCGGCUGUGUUUGCUCUCACUCUAGGAACCACAGGCAUCAAUGUCGGCUUCAACUUCCUCGGCCGUGACUUCUACAAUGCUCUUGCCAACAGGGACCAAGAACAAUUCACGAAGCAACUUCUGUAUUACCUGGGUGCCUUUGCUGGUGGAAUUCCGUUUUUUGUAUUGAGAGAUUAUGCAAGAGACACUCUAGCUUUGAGAUGGAGGUCUUGGAUGACUAGAUAUUACAUGGAACGCUAUCUGAAGAAUCAGACAUUUUACAAAAUUCAAUCACAAUCAAUUAUUGACAACCCAGAUCAGCGGAUUGUUGAUGAUCUAAGUUCCUUCACUGGGACAGCCCUUUCUUUCUCUUUGAUACUAUUCAAUUCUGCUGUAGACUUGAUAUCAUUUAGUAACAUCUUGUAUGGCAUCUAUCCUCCACUGUUUAUCAUUCUUCUUGUGUAUUCGAUUGGUGGAACAGCUUUAAGUGUUUUUCUUGGAAAGGGUUUGGUGACUCUAAAUUUCUUGCAAGAGAAGAAAGAAGCAGAUUUUCGUUACGGACUUGUACGCGUUAGAGAAAAUGCUGAAUCAAUUGCUUUUUAUGGUGGCGAAGAUAACGAAAUGCAACUUCUGCUGCAGCGCUUCAGAAGUGCUUUUGAAAAUUUGACUUCAUAUAUUGCAGGACCUUAUGGAAUUCCUCCAAACCCAGCAAGAUGUGCUCUUUUCAUUGUCUACCAGACAGCGGUUCCUUAUAUUGCAGAGCGGAUUAGAAUUUCCUGUUUUGACAGUUCUAGAGUAGUUUCCCGUGGCAUAGUCCUGGCUGAUUCGCAGUCUGAUGAGCCCUACAACAACGAUGCUCCAGGAAGCAGUCAUGUUCAAUCUUCCAUUGUGACUAAUCUUCCACCCUCCUCCACAUCAGGGGUGUCUGUUUCUCUGAUAAGGUUGAGAGAGAAAUUCAAUGGAUUAUGGUUGUAUGCAGUCCAGAGAUGGCCUACGGUGCUCCUUAUAGCUCGAGAAUUUUUGCAAUUGGUUCUUCGUGCUAAUCAAAUGUUCUUCUACUUUGAAGGCCUCUAUUAUCAUAUAUCAAAACGUGCCGCAGGCAUUCGUUAUGUGUUCAUUGGAAAACCAUCAAAUCAAAGGCCCAGAUACCAAAUAAUAGGAGUAUUCCUACUGAUUCAGCUUUGUGUCAUUGCUGCUGAAAGAUUGCGACGAAGCAAUUUAUCCUCUAUUGCAAGUUCAGUCCACCAUACUUCCUUUGGGAGCCGUCAAAACACAGCAGGACGAGGUUUGCCUGUUUUGAAUGAGGAGGGCAAUUUGAUAUCCACAGAUAAUAAUAGAGGAAGUUGGUUGUCUGAUUCUUCGUCAACUUCGGAGUCUCAAACGACAAGUGGAAUUAGCAAAUGUACACUCUGCCUGAGUAAUCGCCAAUAUCCAACAGCCACAUCUUGUGGCCACAUAUUUUGCUGGAACUGCAUUAUGGAGUGGUGCAAUGAAAAGCCUGAGUGCCCUCUUUGUCGCAAUCCCAUAACUCAUUCAAGCCUGGUUUGUUUAUAUCAUUCAGACUUCUAGCAUGUGAUUACGGUCUAUUGCACAGCCCUAAAGAAUGAAUAAAGAGAGGCUUCCUUUAAUAUAUAUAAAAGAAAUGGAAAAGAAAUCAAAUUGUAAAUAAUUUUUCCCCUUGGGUCAUUCAGAGGAUGGCAAGGCCAUUAUUUAUUAAUCUAUGAAUAAGGGAUUAUUGACAAUGGUGAUUUUAGUUGUA